AUGCUGCUUGCAUGUUUGCGUGGUUGCGAACGCCUUCUGGCUUACCAGCCUUUGCGCUUUGCUUUCCCGGUGCAGCCAGCACAUUUCGCUGCCAUGGGGAAGGACACUGCCAAGCGAAGGGUGGCAACUGUUGCAGCGGUGGCAACGAUACCUCUUGCCAGAGAGGUCUUGGCUUUCAAUGCCAAUCCAGCACUGACACAAACGCCAAGCGAUCAGGUGCCCUCGGCUUCACGAAAUUUUCCACAGGCUGUGGAGCCACAAAACGCAGUUCGCUCUGGUCGGCAUGCAUGCUCAGCCAGUGUGUUGACAGGUGUUGCCGCCGCAGCCAUUGCUGCCAAGAAUCGCAGCGGAAAGGGCAGCACAACAGGGACGAGCCGCUUGAGCACUCAGACAGUGCUGGAGAAGGCAGCCACAGAUGCCCCGACAAAGCUUCUGGAACGCUAUGUGAAGGAAAGGGGGGGUGAGCGUGUUCUGCGCAAGCUACUCAUCGCCAACAACGGCAUGGCUGCAACAAAAGCGAUCCUUUCGUUGAGGCAGUGGUCAUACUUGGAGCUUGGCUCUGACAAUGUUUUUGAAUUCGUUGUCAUGGCUACUCCGGAAGACUUGGAGGCGAAUGCUGAGUUCAUCCGACUUGCAAACUCCUAUGUCGAGGUUCCCGGAGGAAAGAACGUCAACAACUAUGCCAAUGUGGACCUGAUCGUGGAGGUUGCCGAGUCGCAAGGUGUGGAUGCCGUGUGGCCAGGUUGGGGACAUGCCUCUGAGAAUCCCAAGUUGCCAGACAAGCUGAAACCGCUGGGUAUUACCUUCAUUGGCCCAACCUCUCCGGUGAUGUCUGUAUUGGGUGACAAGAUUGCAGCCAACAUUUUGGCACAAACGGCUGGGGUGCCAUCAAUUCCAUGGAGUGGAGAUGGCCUCGAGGCUAAUUUGGGUCCAGAUGGCACCAUCCCAGAGGACAUCUUCCGACAAGGCACCGUCAGCACCGUCGAACAGGCCAAAGAAGUUGUGAAGAACAUUGGCUUCCCUGUGAUGAUCAAGGCCUCUGAAGGUGGAGGCGGGAAAGGGAUUCGCAUGGUGCAAGAGGAGAAGGACUUAGAGACCAGCUUUAUUCAAGUGCAGAAUGAAGUGCCGGGCUCUCCGAUCUUCAUGAUGCAACUUUGCCAGGGAGCUCGGCACAUCGAGGUGCAGAUCGUUGGAGACGAGCACGGAAAUGCUGUAGCACUGAAUGGCAGAGAUUGUUCGACCCAGCGACGCUUCCAGAAGAUCUUCGAGGAAGGACCUCCGGUGGUGGUGCCCAGGGACACGUUCCUGGAGAUGGAGCGUGCGGCCCAGCGCCUCACACAGAACAUCGGCUACAUUGGGGCUGGAACUGUGGAGUACUUGUACAAUGCAGGGGAAAACAAGUUUUACUUCCUUGAGUUGAACCCGAGAUUGCAGGUGGAGCACCCGGUCACGGAAGAGCUCACACGCGUCAAUCUGCCCGCGACACAGGUGCUCGUGUGUUGCGGUGUGCCCCUGGAGAAGAUCGCGCAGAUCCGGCGAUUCUACGGCAAGAGUGAGUCAGACACGACCUCUCCCAUCGACUUUAUGGAAGAUCGCUACGUGUAUCCCGAUCGCCAUGUCAUCGCCUCGCGCAUCACCGCCGAGAACCCAGAUGACGGUUUUAAGCCCACCAGUGGCAAGAUCGAACGGAUCAAGUUUCAAAGCUCCGUGGCAUGCUGGGGAUACUUCAGUAUUGGUGCCAAGGGAGGCAUCCACGAAUAUGCAGACUCCCAGUUUGGCCACAUCUUCGCACAUGGGAACAACCGUGAAGAGGCAAGGAAGGCGCUCAUGCUGUCUUUGAAGAACAUUGAAGUCGUUGGUGAGAUCCGGAAUCCUGUUGAGUAUUUAGUGGAACUUCUUCAGCAGGAGGCUUUCAUUCAGAAUACGAUCGACACUUCUUGGCUUGAUGGCCUCAUCAAGGAGAAGUCAGUGACCUUGAGCUACAACAUCAACGACGUGGUCUUCUAUGCCGCGGUAUUUCGUGCAGUUCAGAAUCUGAAGGUCUUUGAUGCAGAGGUGCAGUCAGCCUUGGCCAAGAGCCAGCUUGGUCCUUUGCGGGAGAUGGCAAAGAUGAACAAGUUUCCGGUUGAGAUCACUUUUGAGGGGGUGAAGUACACUUUCCAGGUCUCAAGGAUGGGGCCAUCUUUACUGGAGCUGGCCAUCGCAGAUAAGAAGUACCUGGCCCAGAUCAUGGCCCAGCCAGAUGGAACGUUCCUGGUCUCUGUGGGUGCCACAGUCAUGAGUGUCAUGGGCUCCGAAGAAGCCUUGGGCUUACGCCUGCGCCUGGACGGUGUGGGCACCAUCAUGCUGCCCACGGUCUAUGACCCCUCCGAGCUCCGGUCGGAGUUCAAUGGCAAGGUGGUGCGAUACCUGCAGGACAAUGGGUCGAUGGUCCAGGAAGGUGAGCCCUACGUGGAAUUGGAGGCAAUGAAGAUGAUCAUGCCAAUCAAGGCAACGGCCACAGGCAAGGUGUCCCAUCUCCGUGGCGCCGGGAGCAUUGUUUCUGCGGGUGAGAUGCUGGGAACUUUAGAGCUGAAAGAUCCCAGCAAGGUCAAGAAGAUCGUGCCCUUUGACGGCGACUUUGACAUCUCAACGUCGGCGAGCAUCGAAAAGGACCGGGACCUACAGAGCCAAAUCGAGAUGGUCCUCGAUGGCUUUGCCUCUCCAGAGGACGCUGGCAUCAUGACGCAGAAGCUCUUCUCCGAACUUCCACAGGCUGAGCGAAGUCAGGUUGCUCAAGCUCUUUUUGAGCGCUACUUGAGUGUGGAGCAAAAGUUUUCUCCCUUGAUUCAGAAGAAGCUGACAAGUGACCAGAUCUAUGCUGAAUUCAUAGCCGAGAACAAGGACAACUUGUCAGCAGUGGCUUCUUUGGCCCUUGCCCAUGGCCAACUUGCCGCCCGAAGUGCGGUGGUGGUUGCAGCACUCCGAAGUUUGCGAACACUUUCGGCUCCGGAUGCUGAGCUCAUGGAUGCGAUUCAAAGACUCUCUGAACUAGCCAACACAGGUGGCUAUGGAGAAGUUGUUCUUGUUGCGAGACGCACGCUGGAGAUGCGGAGUGCGAAGCCCUUUGGAGAGCGAGUGGAAGCACUGCGAGAACUGCUCGACGUCACCCACCCUGAUUUGGAUGGCCUCUGUGGAAUGCCCGCCACCAAGGCUGGAAGUGAGCUUCUGUCCGACUUGCUGCUCAAUGAGUCAUCGACUGUUAGGUCCAAUGCUCUAAAUGCAUUGAUGAGACGUCUCUAUCGCUCGUUUCCGAUUCAGGAUAUGGAGAUCAACGAUGAGGGAGCUGGCAAGAUGACUUGCAACUUCAAGUUCCAGUUUCCUGGUACAGCAGAAGAGGCCGUAUUUCGCCAAGCGCAUGUGAAGGUGGUCAAGACCUUCGAUGAUGUCAAGGAGGUGAUGAAGGGUGAGAUCCCUUUACAGGAUGAGAGCAACAAGGUCGCAAACACAUUGAAGGUCGUUGUGACUUCCCCUGGGAGUAUGCCUUUUGACGACAUGAGCGCGAGCAUGGAGAAGUACUUGGCAGCUGCGGGUGAGCAGCUACAAGCAGCAGGCAUGCGAGAGGUGGGCCUGGUGGUCUCCGACCCACCGCAUGCUCCGCGCUAUGCCUCCUUCAUGGCUGACAGUGACUGGAAGGAGAAUUUGGCAUGUCGUGACAUGAAGCCCUCUUUGCCAAAUGUCUUGGAGGUGUACCGCCUGGCUGAAGAGUACAAGUUGGAGAAAGUGGUUCCGCCCGUGGGCCGCAACUCGCAGGUCUAUGUUGGAACUCCAAUUGAUGUUGGCCCGUCGAAAAGGAAUCCAUCGACCAUCUUUGCUCGCAUGAUCAAGCACUCCAUGGAUCCUGAGAACACACAAGCCUGGCACGAUUCAUUGGAGAGUCUCAUGCUCAAUGCGGUUGAUGAGAUUGAGCGAGCUCGGUUGAACCCAAAGAUUGGCUAUGGACCUAAUGGCAAUAUCUUUGCACACAUCUUGUACAACUUGAACAUGGAGGCAACAAGUGCGUAUGAAAUGCUGGAAGAGUUUGUGAACAACUUUGUGGCCAAACAUGGCAGCCGUCUCCAGAAGAGCAAGGUUGAUGAGAUUGUGGUCAAGGUUGGCAUUGGCAGCGGAGACUCGCGGAAGCAGACGCUGCGACUCACAGCCAGUUCCAUGACAGGGGAAUACCUCCGCACCAGUGGCGCGCUUGAGAUGUAUGAUGUCAUUACAGGGUCGCCCACCCAAUGGUUUGACUUGAAGAGUGGUGAUGAGGCAAAGUUGGCCUCUGCAAAGGCAAAGAACCGAUUGCAGCUUCGACGCUCAGUGGCUCGCAACGCCGGCUCAACCUACGCACCUGACUUCCUUGGCAUGCUGAAAAUAGAGCUGAUCAAGAAGUGGGGCACGUACCAGGAUUCUGGGGGCAUGCGUGAUAUGCCUUCCAAGAUUUUCAGCAGCACAGAGUUGGUGCUGGUGGAUGGAGAGCUGAAAGAAAUCGACCGUGAGCCCGGGCAGAACAACAUUGGCAUGAUUACAUGGCGGUGCACUCUUUGCACUCCAGAGUAUCCUGAGGGUCGAGAUCUUGUGCUCCUUGCCAACGAUGUGACGCACAAAGCAGGCUCAUUCGGAGUCGAUGAGGAUGUUCUGUUCCAGAAGGCGUCCGAGUAUGCGAGGGACAGGGGCCUGCCGCGAAUACACAUUGCUUGCAACAGUGGUGCACGCGUGGGUUUGGCUGAGGAGCUGAAGCCUUUCUUCAAGGUGAAGUGGACCAAUGAUGACCCUUCCAAGGGAUUUGACUACCUAUACUUGGAGGAGAAGGACCUGAAGAGCUUACCGGAUGAUGCAGUCGAUGUGCAUGUCCAGCGGGUGAAUGGCAAAAAGCAUUUCGUCAUCGACGCCAUCAUUGGAGAAGGUCUCAAAUCCACACAAGGUGGCAUUGGAGUCGAGAAUCUGCAGGGAAGUGGCCUCAUUGCGGGAGAGACGUCCAAAGCCUACAACGAAGUCUUCACCUUGUCGUAUGUCACCGGGCGAUCGGUAGGUAUUGGUGCAUAUCUGAACCGACUGGGGCAACGAGUCAUUCAAAUGGUCAAUGGACCGAUGAUUUUGACAGGGUUCUCUGCACUCAACAAGCUGUUGGGAAAGAAUGUCUACAGCUCUCAAGAUCAACUCGGCGGGCCACAAGUGAUGGUGCCGAACGGCAUUACACACCAAGUGGUGACAGACGAUACGGAGGGUGUUGGGGCCAUCUUGGAUUGGCUGUCGUAUGUGCCAAAGACUGCCCACGAAAAUCCGCCAAUGCUGGAUCCCCUCGACCCGAUCUCCCGCGAAGUCACCUUCGUGCCGUCCAAGACGCCAUAUGAUCCCCGUCACAUGUUGGCAGGUACUUCAUUGCCAGAGGGGAGCAAGCUGACAGGUUUCUUUGAUGAGGGAACCUUCAGGGAGUAUUUGCCAGGCUGGGGCAAAAGCGUGGUGGUUGGCAGGGGCAAGCUUGGGGGCAUUCCAAUGGGCGUCAUUGCAGUUGAGACCAGAAGCAUGGACCGCAAGAUUCCAGCUGAUCCUGCCAACCCUGCGAGCCAGGAGGUGGUAGAGCCACAAGCUGGACAGGUGUGGUUUCCAGACAGCGCCUUCAAAACGGCCACGGCCAUUCGAGAUUUCAAUCGUGGUGAGAACCUGCCCCUCAUCAUCUUUGCCAACUGGAGAGGCUUCUCAGGUGGAACCCGCGACAUGUACCAGGAGGUCUUGAAAUUUGGAGCUCAGAUCGUGGAUGCCCUCGUGGAAUACAAGAGCCCCGUCUUUGUCUACAUCCCGCCUGGGGGUGAACUUCGAGGCGGCUCCUGGGUGGUGAUUGAUCCCACGAUUAACCCUGAACAAAUGGAGAUGUACGCUGAUGUGGAGUCGCGCGGUGGUAUUUUGGAGCCACCAGGUAUUGUGGAGGUCAAGUUCCGGGCUGCGCAGCAACGAGAGCUGAUGCACCGCUUAGACCCGGAUCUGCGGAAGCUGGAUGCCAUGCUGGAGGAAUCUUCAUCGUCGGAAGUGGGCAGUGCAGCCCAGGACAUCGAGGCACAAAUCAAGGCAAGAGAGGACAAGCUGGCACCCCUCUAUACUCAAAUCGCUUGCGAGUUUGCGGACCUCCACGAUCGCACCGGGCGGAUGGAAGCCACCGGUGUGAUUCGACAGGGGCUGGAGUGGAGACAUUCCAGAGAGUUCUUCUACUGGCGAGUGAAGUGCCGAUUGCUGCGGAAGGAUGUGGAGCAGAAGAUCCAACUCGCCGACCCCGACAUGUCUGCCCAGGAUGUGCAAAUGCUUCUGUCCAGCUGGCUGUCAGAGGCCAGUCAGGAUGAUGACAAGAGUAUUGUCAACUUCCUGGAAGGAAACCCAUUUGCUGAGAAGCUGAAGCAGCUCAAGGUGGAUGUGACGAAGCGACAAAUCAAGGCACUAUUGGAGAAGCUGCCUGAGAGCGAACGUGAGGGGUUGGUGUGCUUUGGCCACGACGCGUGCGCCGAGCACAACAAAACCCGCUACCCUUCUGCGCCUGCCAGGCUGGCAGAACCAACAGAGGGCUAGGAAUUGUGGCUCCGUUUCAGCUCAUGGAGCCAUCAGGUGGGAGGCUGCCAAAAAGCAAGCAUGGAAGACUCUUGUUGCCUGAAGGGGGUCCAAACGCCCCCCGUCGACUUGCGACGAGCCGCUUACCUCGCGUGGUCUUCGCCGACCGACGCGGAAUGCCCCCCGGAGGAUCCGAAGCAGGAUGAUUCACCCCAGAACGUCACGGAAUGUUUUGUUUGUGCCCAACAUGCUCAUGCGCUGAGGUAAAUUGUUUUCCACUGUGCCCUGGCAGCCUUUGAAGCAUGCCGAGUUUUCCACUGUGAUCAUAACCGAAGAUGAGAAAGAUGAGGAAAUGGUCUGUCACGUUUCAAUAGACAUAGUUGACAGCAAAUUCGGGUAGAGCUGGAUGCUCUCCGGUGAGGCAGUCGCUUCGGAACGCAGAAAAACGA